GGUAUGCAUGGUCUUCCUCUGUUGAUCACCAACAGAACACACACUAUCAGUUCCCUUUGAGUUCUUACUUUAGAAACAUACUUCCUGCCACAGAUUCAGUUCAGCCAUAACACCAUUCUGGUUUGGCAGUUAGUUAUGGCUGACCAGCAAGUAAAUCCACUCCUUUUUUUUUCUUGAAACCAAAGUUUGCCAAGAUGCUCAACAUCUCCUACAAAAACCAAAAUGGUUUGUUUGUAGGCUACGAUGUGGAUGUUUGCCAUAACUUGCCAGUCUGGGUGUCACAGUAAAAUCAGGUAGCGUAUGUGGAGGAAGAAAACCGUUCAUGAGAAGAAAAAGAUUCCACAAAGGUAUAUGGCUAUAGUUUACCCUUUUAAGCGAAAACUUUCUGCGGCGAAUAUGAAAGUGAUCAUAGGAAUCAUCUGGCUGGUGGCUUGUGGACUUGCCUUCCCACAGUUCUUUUAUGCAGAACUAAUUAUUGAUAAUGGAACACCCAAAUGUAUCGUCGCUUGGCCGGGCGAGAGCGAAUGGAAAAGACUCACGUAUCAUAUUACAGUCCAGGUAUUGGUCUACCUGCUGCCUCUCACGGUGAUGUUCAUUACGUACAGUGCGAUAGGAAUGGCUCUGUGGAAUAAUGUUGUUCCUGGUGAUCAUACUAACAAGAUCUACUACCAGCAUCAAGUUACAGCCAAAAAAAAGUUUGUCAGGACAAUGGUUGCUGUUGUAAUAACAUUUGCCAUCUGUUGGUUUCCAUAUCAUCUCUACUUCAUAUUGGGGAGCAUCUGUAAAGAUAUCAACAGGAAGAAAUAUAUUCAACAAGUUUACCUGGCAGUAUUUUUACUUGCCAUGAGCUCAGCUAUGUAUAGCCCAAUUAUAUAUUGUUGUCUAAAUCAAAGGUUCCGCUCAGGUUUCCGGAUGGCUUUUCAGUGGUGCCCAUGCAUCAAAGCAACGGAACAAGACAAACGUAACCUUUCUCAUCCAUCACCUUUGCAGAACCUUCAGCGGGAUCAAACCUCCAACCUCCAGAUGAGCACAGGCACACACACAACUAAUGACAAAACAUCAUUCACUGUUUAGUGCUCUGAUCAUCUGUUUUCUUCCAGGUCCUCUUCACUUCUCUAGUAAGUCCCAAAAUGUCUUCAAAGUGCAGAGUUUACGUCUGUUCCUUGUUAUGAAUAGAUUAAAUUGCUACAAACCCACUGUAAUGUGUAAUAAUUGAUCAGGAAAAACUGAACUGUGGGCCAGAUGGGGAACCCUUCAUAAAUAUAUCUGGCAUAUCAUCCUUUGUCUUACCCGGAUACUCUUUCUUCUAACUGAAAUGAAUAUCUAAAGAUUCAGAAAACAGAUUGGCCCUACUGGCUUCCUUCUAUCCGCUCUAGCCAUGCUCCACCUCAGAGCACUUCCCACUUCCAAGGACAUCCUUACACUCUUUUUAUCUUCUGGGUUUCCAGCCAGAGGCACAAAAACCAGCCUUUGGCUAGACUUCCAACUUAUCUUUGC